UCAGCGGACGACUGAUCAAAAUUCAUCAGUUCUGAGUUGAUGGAAAUGUGAAUGUGAUGUUUCAUGAUGGCAGAAGUAAAGUUUUCUGCUCGUGCCUAUUGCAAAAUUAUAUUGCAUGCUGCGAAAUAUCCACAUUGUGCUGUGAAUGGAUUGCUGUUAUCUGAAAGUUCAAAAUCUACAGAUUCCAAAAAGCCCAAAAGUCUUGUUUUUGUAGAUGCGAUACCGUUGUUUCACUUGUGCUUACAUGUAUCGCCCAUGGCGGAGGUAGCUUUGACACAGGUUGAACAAAUUGCAUCGUCCUCAGGACUAUUUAUAGCUGGCUAUUAUAUAGCAAAUGAAAACAUUAGAGAUGUAAGCACGGAUAAACCUUGUAAUCGAAUAGCUGAUAAGAUUGUUGAAACUUUCAGUCAAGCCUGUUUAAUAGUGAUAGAUAAUAGAAAAUUGACUCUGUUGAUGGAAGAAUCACCUCUAAUUGUUUCGCAUUCAUGUGAUGGAAAAUGGAAACCUAUGGAUAAGUCCAGUGUGUUUGUGGACGACUCGUGCCUGGAAGCGAGUGCAGCCUUGUUGGCUCAGCGGCACUCUGAACAUUUAGUCGACUUUGACAACCAUCUCGACGACAUCUCAUUGGACUGGAGAAACGAACCAACCAAUCAGGCGAUAGACGACCUGAUUGGCACCGCCCCCGACCCACAAACAGAGUAGCACUAGCCCCAAAAUGAUCCCAAAUUAUUGGAUCAUGUGUCAUGCAAGGACUGCAGAAAAUUAUCUAAUUUUUAUUGUGUCAUCAUUCAUCCAAUCAUUCACAAAUUUGAACAUGGCCAUGUGAAAGUGGUGCAUCCUUGAGACUGUCAUCAUUCAUUCAUUCAAAAUAUUCACACAAGGUCCUAUAAAAAUGAUCCAUCCUUAUUAGUUCUUACGACUUUCAUUUUUCAACAAUUAUCAUCUAUGAAAAUGAUCCAACCUGAUUGGGUCUAACGACUGUUAAGUGUUAGGUUUAUCCAAUAUAUUGAUAAAUGUGUAAUGCACUUAUAUAUGAACAUUAUCCAGGAAUCCAGAGACAGUUAUGUGUCAUAAUCAUCCAAUAUAUUCACUCAUGUUCUAAGGACAUUAAAAAAUGACCCAGGGAUCAUUGGGUCUAGAGAAACUCAUUCAUCCAAAAUAUUUUACUUUUAAAAGUGAGCCAGGGAUCUAGAGACAACUUGUGAUGGUAUUUUAUGUGACAUUUGCAAAAUUGUUGAAAAACCUCUAUGAAAAUUGUUCUUUAUAAGGGCAGUUGAAUGGUGGGAUUUUAUUUGUCUAGAAUAUUAACACCUUCGAUCAAGAACCUAUAAAAAUGGUUCAACUUAGAGACAGUUUUGUGGUGGUUGAAAAUAUUAAUUUGUUAGGAAGAUCAGUAAUUUCUAAUUUGUUAUGAAUUUUUGUUGUUGUUUAUUUGGAUAGUUUUAGUGUUUGUCUGUAUUCAUGGGAUCACACAGUACUUUAUGUAAAAGUGGACGGUAGAUGUUGUGAAAUGUAUGCGCAGUGUAGCAAUGUAUUGCAUGCACUUGGCAAUGACUUUUUAUAGUGAGAUUGACUUCAAACUUUCAGCAUUCAUUAUAAAUAACAUCGUUGCCUCCCAUUAUGCCGACAGUCUGAAGUGAAUCUCAUUAUAUAUAUGUAUACCGUACUUGGAAUGAUAUUCACCAGUGAAACCUCAAUUUUUAUCUUUUAUGUACAGAGCAUAACAGUCAGUCGUAGCCAUUGAAAGGUAUUCAAAUUUGAAGGUGAUCCAUUUCAUAAUAAACUGAAAUUUCAUAAGUAGGCUAUAUUCAAUCGAUCUUAUUAUCUUUCUUACAAUCACAGAGUAUAAAGAUAACUUCAGUCAUAAAAAAGGUUCAAAUUUUCCAUUCAUCCGUUGUCAAUUGAUAACAAUGAAACAGAGGUGGAUCAAUGAAUAAAAUUCAAAUCCUUGCCAAAAUAUGAAAACUAAAACUUUUCUAUCUGACGAAUCAAUAAAAUUUGAAUCCUUGCAAAAAUAUGAAAACUAAAACUUCUCUAUCUGGAAACUUUUACAAGAUAAAUCUUCUUUUCGAACUAAACGUAGCUUUAAACCAAUCUUGUUUCUUCAUGACCAUGAAUACUAUUCCAAAGGAAUAUUUAAAUGUUGGAUUUUUAGUACUAUUGGGUUUGUUUAUAUAAUAUAUAUGUUCAGCAUAUUAUACUUACUUAGAAUAUUGUUAGGAAUAAAUAUUAUAGCCUAUUUUAUUUUAUAUGCUAGUUCCUUGGCAAUGCCUUUAUACUAGUGUAUAAACUGUAAAUAAAGCUCGAUAAGAUCUUUAUCGAAUCAUGUAUGAAUGGUAAUGGAAUAGGACCUGUACAACAUGCCGAAAUUCUGACAGAUUUAAUUAAUGACUAAAUUUCAUCAAUAUUCAUUGGGGCAAGUAAUUACUACAUUCACACUAAUAUCUUUAAAUUAUUUUUUCACUUCUCAUGGCUUGCUAUUACAGGUUGUUCUAUUCAAUAGGACAAGAAAAUUAUUGCUUUCCAAAAACAAGUACUGUAUGUUCGUUUUAUUAGAUGCAAAUUGAUUAUGCAAUUUUCUAAAAUAGUUUUGUUACUCAAAAUCUAUGCUUCAAUUACAGCACGUUGCUUUAAAAACCUUGGCAAUUAGAAAUCAGUAUAAUUAAAAUUUUUACCGUUAUAUAUAAUUACUUGAAAACCAAAUUACAAGAAACAAUAAAUCAAAGUUUUUAGAAUUUCCAUAUUCUUCUCUCAUUUUAACAAAACAAUUCUUUCAACCUAAGAAUAUAUGUUUGUGAAUCAUCACCAAUGUCAUAGCACUUGUUGCAAACGUGUUGUCUAUUUUUGCACCAAAAAAACAGUUUUGAAAAUGUAGAAUAUAGUUUGGCACUGAUUUUAUCCACGAAUACAGCAAUUAAAAUUAUGUAUUUGAAAUUAUAUCAGGACUUCUGAUAGACUGUCCACAUAUUCGAGUGCUUAGUAUACAUUUUGGUGGUCAACCAAGACUGGAUGAGACUCCUAGUUUUUAAAGUAGCAUGUUUUUAAAUCAUAAUGAUUUUAGCCAUUGUCAAAUCUUAGGUCCAUUAACUAAAUUUUUGACUCCCAGAUUACCUCAAUUUUCAUCUAAAUUAAAAAAAAUGUAUUGAACUAAAUCGUCAAUAUUCCCAGUAAUUUAUUUAAACAAUUCAAAGAACCCUGUUACUCAUUUUAUGGGAAUAACUAAUUGGUGACACAAUACUUUGUUCAUUUAGUUGAAUUGUUUGACCAUUAAUACACACAAAUCAUAAGAAUAUGCAUAUGAGUAGACUAUAAUAACAGAAUAUUUACAGUAGCUUUUUAUUUGUACAAAUUGAAUUUUUAUGAGCAUUCACUAUUUGAGGCUUGGAAAUAAAAGUCAAAGACUUCAGAUUUAUAAUGUCAGCAUUGAUUGAAUGGAAAGCAUUGAUGUUAUUUAUAUGGAAUGCUGACAGUAUGAAGUGAACCUCAAUUGAGAUUUGUGUAUACCUUGUAUACCGACAAAGUUUUGGCUUUCUUUAUCAGGUUUCACUCAUACUUAUAAGUGAGAACCCAUAUUUAUACGAAAUAACUAUUCAAAUUGUAUCAAUAUAUACAAGAUAACUUUUUUACAAGCUUAAUCCUAGUGAAAUCCUUCUGAAUCUGUAAAUCUCCAAGUAUUGCUAUGACUUUUAAAACGAUUUAAAUUGUGAUAAACAGUAUUACAAAGUAAUAAGCUACAAUUACAAUAAAUAAUCAGUUGUUUACAAAGAAUGGAAGCCAGACUUGUAUGGAUGAUCGGGAGUGAUAAGCAUCAUCAACUUUCAUCUUGUGAUAUUCACCAUUUUGUAUUUUGUUAGAAUAUUGACAAAUUCACACAAAUUCUGAUCAUUCGAAAUGAUAAAAUUAUGAUGCUAGUAAUCAUUUAUAAAUAUAUAUUAUACAUAAGACAAACAUGUAAAGUUAGUAGUUCAAUUGUUACAGAGUAUGGAUUCUGUUUGAAAAAAAUGUCUCUUUGUAAUAAGAUAUUCUUUAUAUGCAAAUAAAAUUAGUUGGAAGGAA